UUCUGCCACCAUAACAUGGCUGGCAACUACCCCUCCCCCUCCCUUCCCCCGUCGCAGAGCUUGGCCGUCGCCGCCCCCUUUGAGGACCCUGAUAAUUGGGGAAUGCUUGGAGCUGACUAUGGCACUGAACAUGCCAAGGCUAUUCCCCGGUACACCACUGGUAUACCCAUCCCUGGCACUAAUUAUAUGUGUGUCAUCUGGGCCAACCGUUCGACGAUGAUAUCCGGCGUCUGGCAAUACCACAUUGCGCAGGAACAGUCUCCUCUGGUUCCACUGGCCAUUUCUUCGUUGCAAAGGAAUGGGGUGACUUUCAUGUGGUGCACCAUGGGUGAUUGGCAGAAUGAACCGGACGCGGGGGCAUGGUCUACGACUAAGACGCUACUCGGGACACCGGGUCAUCUCGUCGGUCUGAAAAUCAAUGGUAAACGCUACGAGGCUAGUGAAGCCUUCCCGGACGCCCCCCGGCACGACACGCGCCUCGUGUAUAUCAUUCAUAUCAAUACCACUUCUUGGACGCGACCUGGCGACGCUCAAAGACAACGAGCGAGAUCGAGAAGUCGAUGGGCGGAUAUUGGUCCGAAUAUCAGAGUCGGCGACGGAGAGUUCCAAGAGAACCGCGACGGAACCAUGCAGCAAGUGCACCAAAAGUUAACUGAUGAGCUCCUCAAGCUCAAUCUAUCUUCGCAACGUCCACCACUCUAUACCUCCACUCACGUCCCCAAUGCCGCAACCGACCCGCUUUUCGCCACUCUUCGGCAGAGUUUUUCCUGGACCUAUUUCCUUUCCGACUUUCCUGCUCAUCAUCUCGCGGGAAUGCGGAAUACGUACGAUGGACUGGCGAUGUGGCCAGCUGGUGGACGCGAUGGUAGUGGGGUGGGCGGAGGUGGUGGUGUGGAUUGA